AUGGCCGCCAUCCCGCCCUCCAAAUCCGCCUCCCCCACCUCCAUCUCGGCCCUCGCCUCGACGCCGUCGCACCUGCUCCGCCGCGCCUCGAGCGCCGCGUCCGAGUCCUUCUCCACCACGACCAGCGCAAGUGGUGCACCCGGGACGGCAACAGGCGAGCGCAAAAGGAGGACGAGGAACUUGUUGCAGAACUACAAGAUCAUGGCUCAGGGCGGGCAUGGGCAGGGCGGCGGGAUGACGAAUAAGGGUGAUCCGUACGAUAUCGGUCAGUCGGGCGUCGUUGCGAGCGAUUUUCGGAUCACUGAGGUUUGCUCUCUUCACAGACUCCCCGGAAUCGUUCAGUCCGGACAUGUACUUUCAUCGCAUCAGCAACAACGCGUCUUUGCCCGAGCUGCUCAGGCAAGAGAACGAGUUGCUCAACGGCGAGUCCCUCUGCUCGUGGCCCCCUCUGACACGUUCUCCGAGCCGCCCACGGCUGACACUUUGCCAAGGCUCGACUUGACCCAGAGAUCCGAGAACUCGAUGGCGAACGUCAGUCGCUCGUGUACAACCACCAUCACGAACUGAUUCAAGGUCAGUCUCUGGCCCGCGCCACGGCGCUUUGCCGACCUGUCCGAGCUCUCCCGCUGAACCUCACCCUUACGCCAUUCGCACAGCAAGCGAUACGAUCCGCAAGAUGAAGUCCCGUGCCGAAGCCUUGGAUGCGUCUCUCGACUCGCUCAAAUCAGCCUUCCAAUCGAUCGCGCAGUUGUCGGAUACACUCGCUCCCAACACCGUCCGCACGAUCGACCUCCCCACCUCACCAAAUAGAUCUCUCCCCCCAAUCACAUCCAAGCCGACCGCGGACCGGUCUCGCCUAGACGUCCUUUCCGAAGACCCUUCUCCACCUUCGCGCUUCGAUCCGUUGAUCCACCUCCCCGCGCUCCUCUCGCUUCCGAUCCUCUUGAAAGCGCUUCUGGUGAACGAUCGAGCCCGAGCCGAUUCGUUAUGGGGGCUGUGGGAACCUGCACUGAGAUCAUGGGAGGACGAAGAGGUGCAAGGGGUCAAGGAGAUCGGGAUGGAGUGUAGGGAGGCUCUGAGGAGGGGAAGGAGUGGUUCGUUGAGUGUUGGGAAGGCGCAGGGACUGGGGACGCCAUAG